CGCCUGAGCAGUGCGGCGGCGGGGGGCGCCUGCGCGCCGGGGCGGGGCCGCCGCCCGUCGGUUGUUGUAGUAACGGGGAAGCGGCGGGAGGGGCCGGGGUCGUUGGGUGUGCCCGGUCCGGCUGCGCGGGGCAGGUGAUCACUCUUGCAAGAGCCCUUGAAUCUUCAGGAAGGAGUUUUGGAGGUUACCGAGACUGGGCUGUAUGAAAACUCCUAGAGGAAAUGCCAGUUGGGAUGGCUAAAGAUCUGGAGGAAACUGGCUCAUCCUCAGAGGAGGAGGAAGAUGCUAUAGAUGGACUGGAGGAUCAUCCAUGUAUCAAGUGGACCGGUGGUGGCUGCAGGCGGAUCCCUGUCUUGGUAUUUCAUGCUGAAGCCAUUCUGACCAAGGACAGCUACCUCCGCCUCAUUGGAGAGCGCUACCACAUGUCCUACAAGAUAGUGCGAACAGACAGCCGGCUGGUUCGAAGCAUUCUGACUGCCCAUGGGUUCCAUGAGGUUCACCCUAAUAGCACUGAUUAUAAUCUCAUGUGGACAGGAUCACACUUGAAGCCCUACUUGCUGCGUUCCCUUACAGAUAUUCAGAAAGUCAAUCAUUUCCCUAGGUCGUAUGAACUGACACGAAAGGACAGACUGUACAGGAAUGUCACUCGUAUGCAGCUGGCCCAUGGAUUCAAGACAUUCCAUAUCUUACCUCAGACCUUUAUCCUCCCGACAGAGUACCAGGACUUCUGUAAUACCUAUUCUAAGGACAGAGGACCAUGGAUAGUGAAGCCCGUGGCCUCUUCCAGGGGUCGAGGUGUUUACCUGAUAAACAAUCCAAGCCAGAUUGUUGUGGAAGACAACAUCCUGGUUUCUCGUUACAUCAACAACCCCCUGCUCAUAGAUGAUUUCAAAUUCGAUGUGCGCCUCUAUGUUCUGGUUACAUCCUACGAUCCACUUGUCAUCUAUCUCUAUGAGGAAGGAUUGGCCAGGUUUGCAACAGUGAGGUAUGACCAGGCAUCCAAGAACAUUAAAAACCAGUUCAUGCAUCUGACCAACUACAGUGUCAACAAGAAGAGUGGAGAUUAUGUCAGCUGUGAUGAUCCUGAAGUAGAGGAUUAUGGAAACAAGUGGAGCAUGAGUGCAAUGCUGAGGUACUUAAAACAAGAGGGGAGAGACACUGCAGCACUGAUGGCCAACGUGGAGGACCUGAUUAUCAAGACUGUAGUUUCUGCUGAGCUGUCCAUUGCCUCAGCUUGUAAAAGUUUUCUUUCACAUCGUGGCAGCUGCUUUGAGCUGUAUGGUUUUGAUGUCCUUAUUGAUGACACACUCAAACCCUGGCUGUUGGAAGUGAACCUGUCCCCAUCAUUGGCCUGUGAUGCUCCUUUGGACCUGAAGAUCAAAGCUAGCAUGCUCUCAGAUAUGUUCACUCUUGUAGGCUUUGUGUGCCAGGAUCCAGGCCAGCGGUCAAGCCGGGCCAUUUAUCAUUCAGCCGAAUCUGUCAGGAGAAAUCCAUACCAGAAGAUGCAGCGUCCUGCAUCUGCACAGUCACAAACAGCAAACACCAGAUUGCGUACCCGUCCUCUGUCUGCCAGCGAUGCUGAAGUUAAAAGCUCGAUGCCCUUAGGCAGGGAAAAAGCAACAGGAAAGCAUAGCAGCUCUGUGGUAGGCCUGUCUAUGGAGGAGAUAAAAGUUCUUAGGAGAGUGAAAGAGGAAAAUGAACGGAGAGGAGGCUUCAUCCGGAUAUUCCCUACCCCAUUAACAUGGGACCUUUAUGGAUCCUUUUUAGAGCACAAGACAUCAAUGAACUACAUGCUGGCUACACGUUUGUUUAAGGACAGGGGCAAGAUGAAAAGAGACUUCAUCACUGGAAGAUCCCGAGCAGGUCUUAAUGGAAGGCUGGAUAUGAGGAUGGAAACUGUGGGCUCUCACGCUCUGUUUUAUGAGAGAAAGCUUGUUUCGUUGGAGUUACGGAAGCGUCGGCGAUGUCAUGGCAAGGCUAGAGCAGCACAGAUGAGAUCAUCAGGUGAUUUCUCCUCUACUACAGGCAUAUCAGAAUCAACAAAGCUGUCCCUCAAGUCAGACACAGAAGGUGAGGAGGAAGAGGAGGUGGAUGCAGAUGAAGAUGAAGAGCUAGAUAGAACUGUUUGCUCUGUUUCGGACACCCAGGUGAAAAACAAGCCAAAGCUCUCUGACUCGGUGAAAACUGCUUGUAAAGAGAGGUUACCAAAGAAACUUGACAAGAAAACUGGAGAUGGAGAAGAGCUGUUUCUGCAAAAACUAGACUCACAAUCUCGGUUUAACUUGCUUCAGAUUCUUCAAAAGCAUGGAAACCUGAGCAAAGUGCAAGCCCGUACGGCUUUCUCUGCCUAUCUACAGCACGUUCAGUUCCGACUGAUGAAGGAGGCUGGUGACCAGAUCCAGAAUCCUGCCUGGGCUGCCAAAGAGGAUGAGCAAAUGGAGCUGGUGAUCCGCUUUCUGAAGCGAGCUGCCAGCAAUCUCCGUCAGUCCUUGAGGUUGCUGCUCCCCAGCCGUCGUUUAGGACUAAAUGAUCGUCGUCGUAUCCUGGCUCGCCAGCUGGGCGAGUUCAUAAUCUGUUAUAACAAGGAAACGGAGCAGAUGGUUCAGAAAAGAUCAAAAAAGAAACAGGAAGAGGAGGAGGAGGGAGUGAAUCCUGAAGGUUUUCAGAACUUUAUUACCAAAGCAAGUGAAAGUGACCUGGAGGAAGUACUGACAUUUUACACACACAAAAACAAAUCAGCAAGUAUCUUCCUAGGAGCAAAAUCCACAAGCACAAAACACAGGAACAGCAGUCACCAGGCAGAGAAGCAGCCCCGAGGUGAGCAUCCUGAGGUGGUGGAAAAAAUAAAAGGUGAUCAUCCCAAAAGUUCAGUUGCAGAUCUGCCUGCAGAAGGAGCACUAAAAGGCUAUAAACCCAAAGAAGUUAAAUCAACCUUUCCAGAAGGACCCACCUUCUCUUUAAAUGCUGAAGUGAAAUUACCUCGAUGCAGCCGUUCUAGUGCUUCUUCCUCUGUUUCUGGUGCAACAUUCCAGAGAAGUACCAGUUCCUGGGUACCGUCUCAGCCUGCAGCCUCUGAAAAUUCGCAGGUGGAUGGUCACCAUUCAUUGCCGGCUCCUCCAGUUGCUCCCAGGCUGAUUCAGUCCCCACCCCCACUACCCUCCUUGCAGAGCACAGCUUCUGACGGCUCUUCUGUUUUCACAAACUCAGUGUCCAGUGAGACUUGUAGCCUUGCAGGGUUACAUCGUUGUCGUCCUGGUAGUUACACCAUUGGCCCAUUCUCGUCUUUUCAGAGAGCUGCUCAGAUCUACAGCCAAAGAUUGUCCCGACCAUCUUCUGCAAAAGUCGGUUUGUGCCAUCGCAGUUCAAGUGGGCAGCGUGUGGGCUCAGCCAGGAUGCAAAAAGAAGCUGAAUAUACUUCUUCCCAGAGCAAAUGUCAUGGCCCCAGUAUGGCAGCAGCAGAACUGCAGCAGCUGACAGAAAAGCAAGCAGCCUGUCAGUAUUCCCCACCAAGCCACGUCAGUCUCCUUACACAGCAGUUAACAAACCUGAACUUGGCAAGUGGAGCUAUAAGCAAGGGGAAUGCAGCUGCCCCACAGAGCUACCGGUCACCACUCAACAAAAGAGGGUCACUGUGGGCUGUUCAGUCAGACACUCAUAGAGCUGACAAAAGAUCUGUCUCUUCAGCAGUCAGGGCUCCAGAGAACCAUCAUUUUGCCUGUGACGGAGAGAUGGAGAACAGUGUCUACAACAGGGUGACAGAGAGUCCACUGGCACAUCCCAACUAUCAGCUUCAUUUUGCUGUGCAGCAACUUCAGCAGCAGAAACUUCAAUCACGACAAUUGUUAGAGCAAAACCAAGCACGGCAACAGGCUCUCUUUGCCAACUACUCACAAUCCAGCACCAGCCAUAUGUCCAUGCCAGCUGGCUCUGAUGCCCACAAGACAUCAAGUGCCACUUGUAGUAUCCAAAAGGCAGCCAGUUUGCACAAAGUGAUGCCAUCCCAGAGUACACCUCCUCAGCUGGUUCCAAAGCCUCCAACAAACCACAGACAGGCAGUGAUCAGAAAGGCUGCAGCCCAGAGGAUUUCCAAGGUGACCUCCACUGAAAAGAAACUGAAUGGAUUCCAGAACAGCCUUCACAGUGCUGCAUCCCGUGAGCCAGGGACAAAUUCCACAGGCUAAGGUGGAGAGCAGUGUCUGAAUGCCAUCCAAGUAUGAAGAAUGAACAAGUGGUGUGGUCCAGUUUAGAGCAAUGAAUGGAGCCUGCUUGCAAACUAGUGACAGUAAGGAGCACUUUUGUACUUCCUCUUCUCACCAUCUGGCAUGCUCCAGAUUUUUUUCAUUUUACAGAAAAUCUACAGGUAGACCGUGUAUUUCUAAAAUUUUUUAUAUUCAAGAUUACUGUAUGGUCCUUCAAAAGAAGGUCAUGUUAUUGUAUGUCUGGUUCUGAAAUUGGAGUUAACUCUGGUUGUGCUAAGCCUUGACUGGCUGUUGUCUACCCACUGCUUGAAUUAACAUCAUGCCUUAAAUGCAGCCUCUUUUAUGUGAGCCUAAGGAAAAAUAGAGAUUGGUUUAGCAGGUAUGCAAAAGUACAAGCUUUAAAAUUGUUCUGAACCAGAAAAAAAAAGGCAAGUAAACACAGCAGGCAUUUAAACAAGACAUAUAUAAUCACUUCAUAUUGUUUGCCAGAUCUAAACAGAAAAAAAAUGCCCGGAAUUUGGAGAUUCUUUUAUCAGCCAAUGUCUCUCAACUCUCUUGGAUGACAAAGGGUAGGAAUGGGAUGGAAUAUGUACUGUUACCACUGUGCAUGGCCUGUUUCAGACUCACAGCCAUUUGUUGCACUGGAGUGGAAUUCCCAGCUGCCCAGCCUUGUCCAGGCUUCCUCAGCUUCUGCCAGGUUUCCUGUAGUCUCAGAAGGCAAUAGAUUGUUGAACACCAGUGUAUUUAUUUUUACGUUGUUACCACAUUCCCAAGAGGAACCUUGGCUAUGAUUUCAGCUGGUCUCACCACACUGUCCAAAUCCUUCAUCAGGAGCAGCUGGGAAAAGAAAUCACUCAGGUUUCUGCACAGCACAUUGCUGGUACGCCUCCUCCCUCUCACUAAUCCUGUUAAUUCCAGUCUUCAUUUGCCACCCUCCUGGUUCUCUCUGUUGUUGCUGUGACUGACUGCACAAGUGGUCUUCACUUUAAAAGGUGACCUUCAAAUGGGCACCUCAAGUAACCUCGACCUCAGACUACUUGGGCAUCUCCAGCACAAGAUAUUUUAUGACACAGAACAACUUUUGAUAUCACCUCAUUACUUACCCUAAUCCAGGAAUGGAGUAAUGAUGAGCUCUUCCACAUAAAUCCUCCCAGACACACCUAUCUGGCUGAGAAGCUCUAGGUGGGUCACUGAAGAGGGAACUCCAGUGUCAUAUCCAGCACUUUGCAUUGUAUUUUUCCAGUGCGGCCUCUCGCCCUGCAGCCUUUUGUUAACAGUUAACAUUCUGUCAGCAUCUCUCUGUAGUGCUGUCUCCAUGCAGAGAAAGGAUUAUUGAGAAACAGAAUUGGUUCAUUUUAUCAUAUUUUGGAAAGCAGUGGAGCUUGAGUUGAAUCCUACUGUUGUGCCUCCCUUUAUGGGAGGGCAAAGAAUCAGUCACAAUGAAAGGAUAUUUAGUUUCAUAUUUGUUCUAAUAAUUAUCUUCCUAAAUCCAUUGUUCUUUCAUGCAUCACCAAAACAUCCUGGAUCGUCUCUCUCUUACCCAUAUUGACUUCCACAGUUUUAUAAAGGGGGCAAAGAGGAAGGGGAAAAAAUAGUUCCUCUCCCUGCUUUAGUUGUUGCAUCAGUCCCAGGUCAGAUAAUGACACACAAGCCUGUAGUACCAGAUGGACCAGAAAGGAAAGGAUGAGGGUUAAAAAAGACCUUCUUCUUACCCCAUUUCUUAAUACUCUUUGAAGGGGCAGGGAACAUUACCUUAUCACUAGCAAUGAGCAAAUAUUGAUAUUUCUAAUCAGUACCUUUAAAAUAGAUAGAAGUCAUCAACAGGACAUGACUAUGUUUGAAUUUAUCCAGUUAUGAAAAAACUGUAUGUAAGUCUCAUUAAAUCUCAGCAGAGUGUAAAGUGCUGCCAGAAGCAGCAUUCCAGGCCCUUCUCAGAUGAUGUUAAGAAGACAAUGUCCAACUCAGCCAUGGCCUCUCAGGUAGAUCUGAGGGUCAGUGUUCACUUCUAGUGAUCAGAAAUUACAUUUAUUCCUUAACCUGUGAGAGCAGCCUGCCUCUCACACCUUUACUCACCCUUUUGGCUUUCUUUUAUGAAAGGAAGGAGCUUUUCCUGUUGCUACUGAUCUCAUGCCACUGAAAGGACAUUCCAAGUGUCAGGACUUCUCCUGGGAAAGCAGGAGGAAAAGGAAAGAACAGUCUCUAGAAAUUGGCUUUCCUGUUUAAGAACUAGAACCCAGCUUGAAUUUUAGGAGCCUUCACUUCUGACAGACUCAAAGAAAACUCUGAAGCAGGAUAAGUAAUGACUUCAGGCAAUUGGCAUUUUUGCCUGACUGGCAGCUGAUCAUUGCUUGUUCUCAGUAGUGAGGUGGUGACAAACUGCCUGUAUUUUCUUGCUGUGUUGGAAAUGUCAUUCAAGAUCAGGUGUGCAAAGACUGGGGAGAGGUUAUAUAAUAUCUUGGCUACUUCUGUCUCACAUCUGGCCCUUUGGCAUUAAGCUACCUAUAGAGAGGAUGAUUUCGCCCAUCCAAAUUGGAUUUUGUUUUAAUCUGGCAUUAUUUUAUUGAGAACUAAAAAUAGAAGCCAAAAUGGGUGUGAAUAGGGUAAAAGGAGUGUGAAAUUAUGAAAUGAAACAUGGGGAAGAGCCAGAGAAGAGAGAGCCACAAAAAACUGGGGAGUAAGGAGGUGAAUGAGAGAUAUUAGAAUGAAGGCUGUCAAGUACAGAAGGGCAUUAGCAGUCAGGGUGUGUAUGUGUUAAAGACACAGUCUCUUUAAAAUGGGAAGCAGGAAGGCUCAUGCUGAUUUCCACUGCUAUUUCUCUCUUGUGAAUGAGUCUGCUUGCUGCUCUUUUUGUGCAGGAAGACUUCACUGGAAUACAGUUGUUUAUACUGUUUGUGACAGUUGCGUGUACUGUCUGUGUCACACACGUACAUCACACUCCCCACGCACACACACACCCUCCCCACCUCCCACGCCCCCAAGAAAAUUUUCAUGACUUGGACUUGGUGCUUUCUCUGGCCUGCCUGGUCCAGCAAGGCAGGUUGAAAUUGUGCCCAAAAUAUGGGGGAGGGAGGGCUGUCUUUCUGUUUUCAGCUGUCCUUGCUUGCUAGUGUCAGUCAGCCGUGGAUAUAAAUAAACCCCAUUUAUUUAUUGCCUUUCUUAGUUGCACUGUAUAUUAUCAAGAGAAUGCUGAGCAUCACUCGGAUUAGAAAUUCCCUCUGCUCUGGGAUAAAAAAAAAAUCUGAACUUCUAGGAUAAUCCUAGCUUUUCAGGGAGAAAGAAAGUUCCUGCUUUCAACACUAGAUUCAUGAGACUUCAACAUGCUUCUCAGUUCUGCCGCAAACUUUCUGUAGAUAUGAUGAAACAGCCCAAACUAGCUCUAAAAAAUAUUAGCAUGGGUCCCUGACCCAGUACUGUCAUCUAGCCUAGUGCUCUUCUCUGCUCUGUCUCAUUCCUGCAGCUUGGAAGCACAGUAGAUUAGGUGCUGGUGUGUGACCAAGGCUGUGUACAUCUCUGCUGGGAAAGUCUAUAUGGCACUGAAUUUUAGUGUGCAGGCAUCUCUUAAAUGACUUUACAGAACUCCUGUGAUUUCCUUGUAACUCAGAACAUAUCCAUAAAAUGGAGGUAAUCCUUUUCUUCCCACUGUGUGACUGUUCUGAGUUUUUGAGGUGCACUCAUGUAUGACAUAAUGGUGUGUAAACAUGUGGACAGACAUACGGGCAGAUAUUUUAACACCUCCUGGCAGGCAGAGAAUAAAGGAAAUUCAUUCUGUUUUAUGUGGUGAUUCACUGCAAUGACUCUUAUCACUGGAGAGAAUCAACCCUUAAUACUGGCUCCUGUCAGGAAUGAGGUUUUUUUCUGUUCCACUUACUCAACCAGAAGAGGAGAUGAAAUGCUCACCAGUACCUUUGAAAUAUAGAACUUCAUAGAAUUAUACACAUUAAUAUUUAUGAAAUUAUUGUAUUGACCAUGAGCUGCACUCAUGUUAGGAACCUAUAUAUUUGCUUGUAGACAUAGGAAUGCUCCUCUCUGUGCUCAGUCCUCAAGGUAGCCAUGCAAGAGCUCGAGCAAAGUGAUUUUAAUUCAGUUUGUGAGAAAAGACAAACUGUACUGUGCAUUUCUGUAGGAAUAGGAAAGCUCAAAGGUCUCUUCAAAAGAGGGAAAUGAGGUUGAAAUUGGCUGCCUCUCAUGUGCCUUUGUUUCCUUUAUUUCAGCAUAUUGCCAAGGGAUAAGUUUCUGGACUGGUAUCCUAUCUUAAUACACAUGGUUGACAGUUUGAUUUUUAAUUCAGUUUCCAAACUUUCUGUGCAGUGACAUAGCUGGCAAUCCUGCUUUCGAAACAUAUUUCCAGGUCCUCUGUGCUCUGUGAUGUUUGGCUCUGUGCUGGACUUUCAAGGAGAGUGUAUUUUUUAAGAUACAGCAAUAUUUUUAAUAAACAGCUCUCAACAACUGUCACUCAUGUUUAGGAGCAAGCCAAUGUGCCAAUACACAGGACAAGCUUUACCUACUAGAUUAGCUGCAAAAUGCAAACUGUCCAAAAUAAACUUCGUACAUUUCUAA